AUGGAAGAGGUUGAUAGUGCUCUUGUUGACAAUGUCAAAUCGUUUGUGGCUGGAGGUUUUGGAGGUGUUUGUGCAGUUAUGAUAGGGCAUCCGUUCGAUCUCACAAAGGUCCUUCUUCAAACUCAUCAGUACAAGACUUCUAGGGAAGCAAUAAUGGGAACCUUAAAAAGUCAUGGUCCGUUGGGGUUUUAUAAAGGUGUGACGUCACCUUUGUUGGGAGUCACUCCAAUGUUUGCUGUGUCAUUCUGGGGAUAUGAUGUUGGAAAAAGAUUAGUGCAGGCAUUAAGGAAAAAAUCCCCAGAACAACCUCUGAGUAUCCAAGAAAUUAGUGCGGCUGGAUUUUUUAGUGCAAUUCCAACGACGUUAAUUGCGGCGCCAUUCGAAAGAGUGAAGGUUGUGAUGCAGGUCACAAAAUCAGAUAUCUCGUUUCUUUCUACUGUCAGGCAAAUAUAUAGAGAGGGCGGAAUACGAUCCAUUUUUAAAGGUUCGGCAGCCACUUUGACAAGAGAUGGUCCCGGUUCGGCUAUUUAUUUUGCGACGUACGAAUACUUGAAAGAAAAGCUUUCCAAGAAGGGUGAGAUGUCAAUUGGAGCGAUAAGUUUAGCUGGUGGCUGCGCAGGGGUUGCAAUGUGGUCUGCUGUUUUUCCUGUGGAUACUAUAAAGUCAAUGCAACAAUCGUCAACCCUAAAAAUGAGUAUGGCACGGACUGCUAAGAAUAUUUAUCUGAAAAGAGGAAUUGCGGGGUUUUUCCCUGGAAUCGGCCCUGCCUUGGCCAGAAGUUUUCCUGCAAACGCCGCAACGUUCCUCGGUGUAGAAUUUGCAAGAAAAUUUCUGGACUCAGUGCUUUAA